AUGACCGACGGCGAUGCUGCACCACCAAACCCGACCGACGCGUCCACAGCUGUGACCAGCGACAAUGCGCCUGCGCCCGUUCCGAGCGCUGUUCACCAUGACGUCUCGCAUAACGAGCAUAACCUGCCGCCCCAUUUAGCCAGCAGCCGGGAUAUGCAAUUCCAUUUGGAUCGGCGAGACUCGACUGAGCUGGACCGGUAUUUUCAUGGCCCCCGAGACAUGGAAAAGCAUUCCAAAUGGCCAAUCAUCAUGCGUAUGCACGGGAGUAUUACCCCGAAGAUGAUUUUGCCCAUGUUGCUGGUCGCAUGCGAGUCUACUGUUAUCACUGCCGUCUACAUGCUUGUCUAUGAUAUUGGUGUAAAUGAUAUCCUGCUCACCGUGCUGGGUUUCGUGGUGGGUUUGGCGCUCUCAUUCCGCAGCUCCACUGCUUACGAACGAUGGGCCGAUGGUCGCAAAUACUGGGCCCAGCUCAUCCAGACCUCCCGCAACUUUGCUCGCACCAUCUGGGUUAACACGUCGGAGCGUCCUGGCGAGGCUGGAAAGCAGGAUCUUUUGAGGAAGCUGUCUGCCAUGAACCUUCUCUUGGCCUUUGCGGUCUCCUUGAAGCACAAGCUUCGUUUCGAGCCCGAUAUCGCUUACGAGGACCUGGCUGGACUUGCGGGCCAUCUGGAUACAUACGCCCGAGAGGCCCACGACCCUGACGCUCUGAAGCCUAAGAAGAAGUCUCUCUGGAAAUCUACUGGAGAAUACCUCGGUGUUUCCUUUGCCGAAUCGAACCCGCGCAAGGCCAUCAAGCGAUCCAAGAAGCCCCUUGGCCACCUCCCCCUGGAGAUUCUGAACCAUCUGUCGGCAUACGUUGACUCAUGUGUGAAGAAUGAAACCCUGUCCUCCACUCUGCACCAGGGUCAGCUGAUUAGCAUGAUUGCCUCCCUCAACGAGGUUCUUACAGGGACUGAGCGGGUGCUGGACACCCCCAUGCCGACCGCGUACACAAUCGCUAUCGCACAGAUCUCCUGGAUCUACGUCCUUGUCCUGCCGUUCCAGCUGUGCCAGUUUCUAAAGUGGAUCACCAUCCCCGCCUCCAUUGUUGCCGCCUACAUCAUCAUCGGACUGGCCACUAUUGGCAGCGAAAUCGAGAACCCCUUCGGCCAGGAUGUGAAUGAUCUUCCGUUGGACACCUACUGCCGCCAGAUCGCGGUCGAGCUGGACAUCAUUACUUCCACGCCUGCGCCCAACGUGGAUGACUUCAUGACGCGCCCCGAUAACCUGGUGCUCUUCCCUCUCAGCCAGGAUGGAUUCGGCGACUGGGAGGACCGUACCGUCGAGGAUAUCCGCGCUGCACUGAGGGCGAAGGUCGUCGCCAACCCGGCUCCACCUCAUUCUGCCGCCUCAACUCUCAUCGGAAAGCUUUCAUCACUGACCAAAUCGUCGUCGGUGUAG